AUAUGUGGGAGCAGGUGAAAGGGAUCUUAGCACAGAUCUGGCUCAGUUCUCCCUACGUAUUGCGCGACAAACCACAAUGGGCAACGAUGUGGAUGAAGAGCCAAGUUCCAAAAAGGACUCCUUUAUUCACAGCAUUGAAUACGUUCUGGACACACUUACUACAAUGGUGUGUGCACCGUGGUUACAAAUUAACCUGGUCCGCAAACUCACGGGCUUAAACGAUUCAAUAAAGGAAGCCAAGUCCAAUAUUGACAGAACUCUUUGCAAGCUGAUCGAUUUCAAAUUGGAUACAAAUGAUAACUCUGAAACGGAUUACAACAAACCGAGUAUUUUUAUUGAUCACGCAUUGGUUCAUCUGAAAAAUGGUAGUUUGACCUACCAAAGUGUUAUAGAUCAGUCCCUUCAUAUUCUGGCUGCAGCCUACGAGACAUCUGCGGAAGCUGUACUCUUCACCUUGAUUCUAUUGGCGAUGUAUCCCGAAUAUCAGGAGAAGCUUUUCGAGGAAUUAUAUGAGCUGUAUCCACAUGCUGGUGACUUUGAUGUCACCUAUGAGGAUAUACAAAGUUUGGAUUAUUUGAAUCGUGUUUUGAAUGAAUCAAUGCGCUUGAUUCCACCACUUCCUUUGAUAGGUAGGCAAACUAGUGAAGAUUUUAUGCUAUCGAAUGGCGUUUUAGUACCAAAGGGAACCAACUUGUUUAUAUGCAUUGUGCACAUACAUCAUUCAAAAGAAAUUUGGGGUCCAGAUGCGGAGAGAUUUAAUCCAGAUAAUUUUCUUCCUGAAAACAUUCAAGCAAAGCAUCAAUACUCUUUUAUACCAUUCGGAAAAGGCACUCGAGGUUGCAUAGGCUGGCAAUAUGCAUAUAUAUCGACAAAAACUACUUUAAUCAAACUGUUGAGGAACUACAAAUUUAGCACAAAAUUUCGUUUCGAAGACCUUAACAGUUUUAGGCACAACUCGGUAACCAUGAUUUCGCUACAGUUGCUUGUUAUUUUCAUUGUUCUUGCUUGGAUAUAUUUUCUAUGGAGUCGUCGGAGAUUUUAUGCUCUAAUGCUGAGAGUGCCAGGAUCCAUGGGAUAUCCACUCCUGGGCGGAAUAUUGAAUUGUUUUUAUAAAGAAGAUCUUAUACCCUAUUUGGAGAAAUGUUUCAGUCGCUUUGGCAAAGCAUUCCUCUUCUGGCUUGGACCAUAUCCGUUUUAUGCAUUGGGUGAUCCACAAUUGGUGAAAGAGGUUCUUAAUUCUCCACUUAGCGUAAACAAAUCUGUACAUAUUUACGAUCUCAUGGCUGAAGUACUUGGCAAUGGAAUAAUUGUAUCAAAAAACCCAACAUGGAGCAAACGUAGAAAACUAUUGAAUCCAGCAUUCAAACAUAGCGUUCUACUGAGUUUUCUGCCAAUUUUCAACAAUGAGGGAGGGGUAUUGCUUAAACUGAUGGACUCAUAUGUGGGAUUAGGUGGAAGGGAUCUUAUUAAAGAUAUCGAGCACUUUACACUGCGAAUAGCCCAAAAAACCACAAUGGGCCACGAUAAGGAAGAGGUAAAUACAAAGAAAAACUCCUUACAACGUAACACCGAAGUAGUGAUGGAUAUGUUUUCGAGAAUUUUGUUUGCACCUUGGCUGGUUCCUACUUUGGGUCGCAAACUGUCGGGCAUUGAGAAGCCAAUCAAUGAAGCCAAGUCCAAUAUUAACAGUAUUGUUACCAAGAUGAUCGAUUCAAGAUUACAAAUAAAAAAUAUAUCAGCUCAAUCUCAGCCGGAUAUAUUUAUUGACCACGCAUUGAUUCACCUGAAAACUGGCAAUUUAACUUACCAAGAUGUUAUGGACGAGUCUAUUGGUUUGGUACUUGCUGCCUUUGAGACAACGGCGAGUUCCAUAUUUUCUACCCUGUUAUUGUUGGCCAUGUAUCCUGAAUAUCAGGAGCAGCUCUUUGAGGAGUUACAGGAAACUUACCCUCACACAGGUGAUUUCGACCUCACCUAUGAAGAUACGGAGAAAUCGGCGCUCUUGGAUCGUAUAUUUAAUGAGUCACUGCGUCUGAUUCCCCCAGUUCCCAUAGUGGCCAGGCAAGCGGUUGCAGAUAUGACAUUAUCAAAUGGAGUUUUGAUACCAAAGGGAACCAAUUUCUUAAUCAACUCAUUUCAUAUGCAUCUUUGUGAAGAUAUUUGGGGGCCAGAAGCGAAAAUAUUUAAUCCUGAUAAUUUUCUUCCCGUUAACAUACAAGCAAAGCAUCCAUACUCUUUUAUACCAUUUUCGAAAGGACCUAGAAAUUGCAUAGGAUGGCGUUAUGCUUUGAUGUCGUCUAAAAUAACAUUGAUUAAACUUUUGAGGAACUACAAAUUUAGCACAACGUUCCGUUACGAAGAUCUUGUACUAAUUGAUUCUGUAACCAUGAAAUUUGGCGAGAACCCACUAUUAAGUUUGGAAAAAAGGAAUAAAUAAAGGAGUACAAAUUUUAUGUGGUUACACCGAACAAACUUAAAUUGAUAACUGAUCUCUGGUCUAAUUUAAUAAUUUU